AGCCCGCAGACACGUGUGCGCACCCGGAAGCGGCGGCGGGGCCGGCCCGGGCUCGGCGGGACCGCGGGGUUGGGCCCCGGCGCCGCUCCCGGUGCGCGGCUGGGGCGGCUCUGGGACCGGGCAGGGCCUCCAGGGCAGCAUGAUCGCGGGGCUGCGCCCGGUGCUGCAGGCGGGGCUGGGCACGGCGCUCACCUGGGCGCUGACGGCGGCGGGCUCGGCGCUGGUGUUCGUGUUCUCCAGCGGGCAGAGGCGGAUCCUCGAUGGGAGCCUGGGCUUUGCCGCAGGGGUCAUGCUGGCAGCGUCCUACUGGUCCCUGCUGGCCCCAGCCAUCGAGAUGGCCGAGGAGUCCGGAGCCUUCGGAGCCUUCUCCUUCUUCCCGGUGGCCGCGGGCUUUGCCCUGGGAGCAGCCUUUGUCUACGGGGCUGACCUGCUCCUCCCCGAGCUGGGGUUCCCUGGCCCUGUCCUGGCCCCGGGCUGCGAGCAGCGAGUGAAGGAGAAGCAGGAUUGGGACCUCGGGAGCACCCACAGCGAGCUGGCCAUCAGGAUAGGUAGAGCUGGGCUGCAGCCAGACAAGGCUGAGAACGGGGAGCCCUUCCAGCCCUACCAGCGGCGGCGGGGAGCGGGGCCGCCGGUGCCCGAGAGCCCGCCCGCGCCCCGGGCCGGGCCCGGCGGCGCCGGGAGCAGCAGCUGGAGGAGGAUCGCGCUGCUGAUCCUGGCCAUCACCAUCCACAACAUCCCAGAGGGCCUGGCAGUGGGAGUUGGAUUCGGGGCCAUCGGAAAAUCGGCGUCUGCCACGUUCCAAAGUGCCAGGAACUUAGCCAUUGGGAUUGUGAUCCAGAACUUCCCGGAGGGCCUGGCUGUCAGCCUGCCCCUGCGCGGCGCGGGCUUCUCCCCGUGGAAAGCCUUCUGGUACGGGCAGCUGAGCGGGAUGGUGGAGCCGCUGGCGGGCGUGGCGGGCGCCGUGGCCGUGGCGCUGGCAGAGCCGCUGCUGCCGUACGCGCUGGCCUUCGCCGCCGGCGCCAUGGUCUACGUGGUGAUGGACGACAUCGUCCCCGAGGCACACACCAGCGGCAAUGGGAAGCUGGCGUCCUGCACCUCCAUCCUGGGCUUCGUGGUGAUGAUGUCCCUGGACGUGGGGCUGGGCUAGGGCAGGGCUGCACGCCCAGGACAAGACCUCAGAGCCCCGUGAGUGACGGGGUCGGGAGCGCCGGCCCGGGACUGCAGCUGUACAUAGAAUUUCGGGAUCUGGUUUGGUGUUGAUUUCCUCUGAUUUUGUAUCUCCCCCUCCCCUCCGGGUCCCUGGCGAGGGUUUCCAAGCACAAACACGGGCGGGUCCUCCCAGAUCCCGGUUGGGGUUUCCUCUGGGAAGCUGGAAUGGUGCUGGGCUGCUUUCUCCAAGGAAAGGCACCGGGAUUCUGCUCCCCUCGGCUCUGCCGGAGGUUGGGAAUUCCCUGCCCCGUGUGGGGGCUGCUCUGGGGUCCGGCCCUGGGGCACUGAGGUGCAGUAACUCCUCAGGGAGUCUGGAAUCCCACCCUGUUUCGGGAGGGCGGGCGGAAGGCACUGGGACUGUGCUGAGCUGUGGGAUCGCAGGUCCUCCACAUCCUGCAGCUCCUCGGAAAUGCUGAGGGAGCUGCUUUGGGUGGAUGGAGAUAAUCCAGGCAAAUAAAGAUCAAUUUUCUUGGGAUCUCUGCAA